AUGAUGGAUAGAUUCGAUGAUAUCAACGAGAGGUUUCAUCUGUUGAACAGGAGUGUUGCUGACAUCAGGCGGAUGCACAACGGUGACUUGCAGACUUUGAGAGACGACCUUUCCAUGAGGAUGGAAAAGCACCAGAAGGAGAUGGAGGAGCGGUUGGAUGAGGAUAUGGGUGCGAUGCAGAAGUACAUUCAUGACAGGUCUGGCGAUUUUAUUGAGGACAUGGCUGUGAGGGUGAAGGAUGUGGUUGGUCGGGAGAGGGAGGUUCAGCUUCAGGAGUUGAGGGGUUCAAAGACGGCUGUUUUGGCGGCUGUUGGGGGGGAGGGGGAGGAGAAGAGUGUGAAGGAGGUCCCGACAUGUCGAUGGUGUCCAAAACCCGUUCUGUUUCCGUUUCUCCUGCCUUGUGCAUGUGAGCGCCAGAGAAAGAGCGAUCGCAAUCCGAAGCCAAUGGGUGCUACUUUCUUGCUCUCCAAGCCACCCGCAGACAGUGGCGUGAGUGUAAAAGUGGACGAAGCCACUUCUAAAGCACAGAAGCAGAGAUUGCCCCCCGUUACUGGUUUUUUCUGCCACAAGGUCUGUACAGAUGUGACUAUCAACGAGCACUACACCGAGAUGCAUGGCUUAUUUAGCGCCACUAGUCUUUGAGCGACGCAGCCCGCCAUCAGGAAGCCCUUCAGCACACCCGGCCCUUUCUCAACAACAACCCCCUCCUCCUUGCCGGGAGCAAACCCUUUCCUUGGCUCCAGAUCAACACGCUACCCCGGCAUCCCGUCAGGAUCCAGUAUUUAUCGCGCACCAAUCCAGAACGGACCUAACAACCCUCAGGUAUCCUCCGUAAGGCCCGACACCUUUGCGCAACAGGAACAAGAUGAACCCAACACCUCUCCCACCAUCCCUCGCCCGUAACCCAUGCCUCGUGACCCCUGACCAAGGAACACGGUCAAGGCCGUAGCCUUCCGCCACUCUUUUCCCCUCCGAGACCAGAGUACCCUGGUUUAAGCCUUACCCCUGCUGGGACCUUCUACUCUCCACCGGCCCCCAUGCCCAAACCCUCCACCUACCAAGCGUUACCAAAGGAGGACAUCCCCGCCAACUCCAAGAUGAACGCCGCCUCGUCGAACCACACCUCCACCACCGGUCUUCCACCCAACAUCUUCGCUGCACCAGCUAAAGUUUCUGCGUAUGGAGGCUAUGGUAACAAGAAAGAUGUCGGGGAUAGAAAGAUGGGCAUUCUGGGAAAUGCCAGGGGGUCUGGGCUGAGCGAGGUGGAGAAGAAGGAGACGAAGGAGACGAACCCGGAGUCGGUUGCAGCUAUGGAAAAGCCGGAGGCGGGUACAGUGGUGGAAUGGAAGGAGGUGGAGGCAUUGCGGGCGAAGAAGCGGGAGGAGGUGGAGGCAUUGUGAGCGAAGUGGGAGGAGUGGGCGAAGAGGGCGGAGGAGUGGGAGAAGAAGAAAAAGAAGAAGAAGAAGAAGAAGGAUGAGGAGAAAAAGGAAGAGGAGGAAGGGGAGGAGGACAGGACCGAAGACGACUGGGACAGCCUCGCGGGCAAUCCAGACUCCAGCGACAUGGAGGACCAAGAAGGAGAGAUGGUAGAGCAAAAUUCCAGCGAGGAUGACUGGUGAGGAUAUUUUCCUCGGCCUCAGCAACACCCAACCAAAUCGCUUUGGAUACCGAUAGUUACCUACCUUGCUUGAUAGCCCUGAAGAAAGACUCGGAAGAAGCCUCAGGAUCGUCAAAGAGAGCCGUCUCCCUUUGGCUGUUCUCCUGGUUAUUAUUCCUUUUUUAUGCAAGCCGGCUAUCCAUUCGGUAUGAACUCUGGAUGGGCUUCUGUCUUGGGCUUUUGCUUGUUCGUUCAUGCGGGUUGUGGGUUGUGUAGAAAUGAUCGAGAAAUCGACCAAAGGUGAUGGGGGACGGCCAACCUCGUGGGAAUGGCUCAGGGAUUUGGGGGCGUGGUUUCUUUUCGGGCAUAGCUGCAAAAUGGUCUACACGGAGAAAGGAUA